UUGGUCCUUCGAGCCGGAUCUAUAACCGCGAAGUGCCGCGAAAGAUCCGUUUUUUGUGAAACUACACUUGCGGGCAGUGGAUUGCUGUCGCAAACGCAAGUCCCAGGAGCUAAUCGAGGCGAAGUGCAGCCUCGGAUAGCUUCAGACCGCGUCUUCAAGCGGUCAGGUCACGGUGGGCGGAAUCUACCCGUCAUCAGCAUCGGGUGCGGCAAGGAUCCACGGAACAGUCACCAACUACUGAGGUCCGAGGGGAUUCAAGGCGUCCCUCUCUCAGUACGUCAUCACCAAGAGGUCAGGUCAUCAUCAGCGCCAGCAUCGGCUGCGGGGAGCAGCUGGCAAAAGACUAAUUUUAAGAAAUCGCCUAAAGAACGUAUAACCAAAGAAUAUGUAGAUAGUAGACUAGAAAAUCUUGAACAAUUGUGGUUUGAAUUUCUGUCUGGUCACAAAGACUUAUUUAGAAGCUAUAAUGCAAAGGAUGUUAAAGGUUCAAGUUAUGUCACUAAAAAUGUUUAUGACAAAGCUGAAGAAAUGUAUUUAGAAUAUAAGUGUGAUCUUAAAACGUUAUCUAAACAAUUUGAAUCAAAAUUAAUAGUUGAAAGUAAUGAACCGAAACCUAAAGUUUCAAAUAGAAUGCAUGCAAACUAUCCACAAAUAAAUAUACCUCACUUUUCUGGAAAUUACCAAGAGUGGACAACGUUCAAAUCUCUCUUCAAAUCUCUUGUUAUUAAUAACGAAUGUUUGGAUGAGAUUCAAAGACUUCAUUACCUCAAAUGUUACCUUAAAGGAGAAGCCGAACAGUUAAUUAAACAUGUACCUAUUGAGGAAGGAAACUUUGAGCGUUGUUGGCUAGUGGUAAACGAACGAUACAAUGAUAAAAAGUGGAUAUGUCAUCACGUUCUUAAAAGAUUUUUGAGCCAGAAAAAUCUUACCACCGAGUCCAGUGUCGGGCUAAAAGAGCUUGUAGAUACUACAAAUGAAUGUUUGGCAAGUUUGGCAAGUUUAGGAAUAAAAGUUGAGGAAUGGGAUAUGAUCGUCAUUCAUCUAAUUAAUUUAAAACUAGACCCAGAGACACGUCGUCAGUGGGAAUUUCAUUGUACCGCAAAAACUACUUCUGACGAAUUGCCCACUUAUCAAUUGUUUGUUAAUUUCCUUAAGGAACGAUUUUCAGCUAUCAACCGGUUGUCACAAUCAAAUAAACCUAUUAACACUACAACUAAAAUAAAGGCGUUACAUAUUACAAAGACUGUAACUUGUGUCUUAUGUAAAGAAAAUCAUAAAAUUAAUCAAUGUACGCAGUUUCACAAGGCGUCAAUUGACGCACGCCGCAAAAUUGUUACUAACAAUAACUUGUGUUUUAAUUGCUUGGGUGAAAAUCACUCUGCCAGGGAAUGCCACAGCAAGGUGAAAUGUCGUGUGUGUAAGCGUUCACACAACUCUCUUUUACACCCCAAGGGUGAUAAUAACGGGAAUAAUGAGGCAAGUGAGAGUAUUGCCUCUUCGUCAAAUGAUACAUCGCAAGUAGUCUCAUGUUUAGCAUCGAGCACACUCACUUAUCAGCAAGUACUACUUGCAACUGCAUUGGUCAAGGCAGUUUCACGAAGGGGGGAAAACUUAAUUAUCCGAGCCUUGAUCGAUCAAGGGUCGCAGUCGUCUUUCAUAACGGAAUCGACUGUGCAAUACCUGGGGCUGAAAAAGAUGUCAGCUAAGGGACGAAUAUCAGGCUGCGAAGACAACACGUGGAGAUGCAGAUGGUCGCUAUGUCGUUCGUCUUCCGCUCAAGAGCGAGAAUCCUCAACUGACUGCGCAUCUCGCGGCUUAAAUCCCGCUGAACUGGUUAACAACUGGUCCAUGUGGUACAACGGACCAGAAUUUUUAUCUAAUGCUACCAUCACUUACAACAAGCCUAAGCAACUGGAAACUGAGUUGGAAUUGAUUAAAACCCACUGCGCGAUUUUGGAGAGUGACAACAUGUUUUCUAAUCUAUUGAACAGGUCCUCGUCGUUAACAAAGGCAAAAAGAGUGCUUGCCUACUGCGUGCGGUUUGCUAAUGUAAUUAAGAAAAACUGCUUUCAAAGGCACUACUUGCCUUACCACGGAGGAAUUGAAUGA